CAUAUUCAGCAAGAAAUUUUCCAUUCUAGAAAUUUUAUUUGGUCGCUUAAGUUUGUUCUCAAAAUCUAUUUAUAAAGAAAAUAUAUUUUUUUUUUUAAUAUGGACGUGAUUAAUGUACCAAAAAAGAUACACCGUCAUGCCUUGAAGGCAUUGAGUGUCCUAAGUGAUGGCAUUACAGAAAAAAUCAUACCAUUUUACACUAUAAUGGAAAUGGUUGAGUAUCAAAUGCGUAAUUUGAUGCCUGUUCGAGAUUUAGAGGCUGCUCUCAAAACAUCUCUACAUAUGUUAAGCGCAGUGGGUGUAAUCAAGAAUUGUGGUCAAGAUCGCUAUGCCAUUGGUCAUUCUUAUGGAGCUACUUUGCCAAGUCCCAGCAGUAGAGCUGCCAAUUCGGAGAAAUCACGAAAAAGGACUUACAGUACAAAUGCCAAGCCAGGGGAUGAUUUACAUCCAACUCAUAAAAGAAACCGCACAAACAACAAAGCAUCCUUGUCUUCUGAAUCCAAUGAACUAGAGGAAAAUAUUGUCAAAUCUAAAACUACAGUGGCAGGUAAUUUGAACAUGACCACACACUUUACCAAAGAGCCAGUUGAGUCCAAUGUCACGGAUCAAGUUAAUGUUAGUAUCGAUGUGAUUUUGCCUGCUAACAAAGAAGAAACGGACGAUGAGCAGAAAAUUUUAACAUGCUCAAAGUCAAAAGAAAGUUUAAUCGCAGGUUCCCAAGUUCAAAAUACCUCUAGUGGGAAACUUCAUUCAAAUAUCCAAGAGGAACCGCAACGUAAUGUUGAAGCCGAUACUUCUUCCAUACAUAACCAACCAGAUGUUACAAAUAUUGUGACAAAUAACCAAAAGGAGGAUAAUAUUUUUACAUGCUCAAAGUCAACAGAAAGUUCAAACCCGUGUUCCCAGGUUCAAAAUAUCUCAAGUGGCAAACUUCAUUCGAAUAUCCAUGAGGAACCACUACGUAAUGUUGAAGCCGAUACUUCUUCUAUACAUAACCAACCAGAUGCUAGAAAUAUUGACACUAAUAACCAAAAGGUCCCAGCAAAUGAGCCAGCUUCCUCUAAAGUGGAUUCAAAUGAGGAAUCAAAUAAGUCAAAGACUUCGGUGGCCAUCGAAUCCAUGUUCUAUCUUAACUAAAUGAAUGUGUUAGUUCAAAUUUCCUUAAGAUUAACCUUUUGUAGAGUUUUUGUAAAUUCUGAUGUACGCAAGUGGCAUGCCAAUAAAAUUUUUUGUACGAAUUUAAUUAAAACAAGUAAAAGCGUGCAAAGUUCGAAUCUUA